AUGUCCGUCAAUCACGCUCCACAGUCUCUACCUUCAUUUGCACAAGCAUUUAGCAGCUCUUCUCUUAGUUCAAUCCCGAAUUCUAAUAACGCGUUACCACCAAUUCAACCAAGAACUCAUCAUACAAUUUCGCCAUCAAGACAACCUAGCGUGGAACAAUUAAGAAACUCUAGGAAACGUUCUAGGGAAGACGUAGCAAUCCGUCGUGAAAGUACAGAUGACUCUGGCCGCCAGUCACCUAGAAUCGUUAGAAUCAAGGAGGAAGAUGACCCUGAUGAUAGUCUCAUCGAUUCUCCUUCCCCUCCUGAAAUCACUUCUCCUAUUGUCAUUCCACCGUCACAAAAGAAACGACGAGUGACUGUGAGUGGUACCACACUCCCUCCCUCAACCGCCCCCUCGUCCUCUGAAAUAUCGCUUUCAACCCCAAUAACUCCUGUGGUCAUAACAAUACCAACUGGAGAAGAUGUUCAGUUGAGGUCUACCCUAAAACAGCAGCUCAUCGAACAGCGCAGACCAAGUUUCGCUGCUCCCCCCGGUCCGAGCCCCAUGCUUUCAGCUGCUAUUAAUAAUGGUACUUCAUCCUCUUCUGCCACUUAUUCCCCUCCAGAAGGUUCCUUGGCAGCAUCAAAGCUGAGUCUCCCAAGGUUGGGUAGACGUAGUCCCAAUACAGUUGCCCGUCUAGGUGGAAACACUCUCGCAUCUGGCAGCCGUGCGACUGUUCAACCACAGCCACUCACCCCUCCUCCUAUGAUCGUCCCAAGUCAGCAACCGCUCUCUCUCACCGCCAACCAACCCGAGGUGCCACUGAAAAGCCCUCCAUCAAACUCUCUACCGCCUCCCCCUAUCAGUUUCGCACGUCGUCGAGCAGCUCAGUCUGGUGGCCGCAAAAGAAAGCCUGCCGAUAUUGUCAUCAGCCCUCGUGGCACUCACUCUUCUGACUCGCUUGCGCCUGUCAUACAAAGCGCCCCUCCGGUCCCGGAACUCGGUCGGUUCCCCAUGGCUAUACCACGACUUCCGACUGCUCUAAGCGGAAACCAGACCACGCGAAGAGUAGCCACUAAUGUUCCUCCAACACCAACCCGAUUUGGCUUGCAGCACACGAUAGGUCCCUCGGUGAGCGCGCCUAAGACAGCAACUACAAGAUCUCCUCCUGCUAUACCAAUUGCCAGUUCAUUAGUCCCGCCCACACCCCGCGCCCUCCAACACCCCGGUUAUUCAGGAGACAAAUCUGCAUUCCUAGCGCCUUUUGAAGUCUUUUACGACGCGCUUAACGACUCAAAACAGAUGAAAAACUGGCUGUCUGAGCAGCUUCAAAAAUCAAAUACGCUCCUCCAAUCUCUGCAGAAGGUGGAUGCGGUCGUCGAGGAUUUGGUGGAGAAACGGACGCGGUCGAUGCAGGAGGAGAUGCAGAGUAUGCGUCAGCGCAUGGAUUCGUUGGAGGAGGCCCUUCGUGCUGUGCGUGCGGAUUCGGCGCGAAACCAGAGUUCGAGCGGUAGCGGCGUUGGGUACCCCCAGUCAAAGUUCCAACAAAAUGGAAUGUCGAGUUCGGGUUCGGAACCGUCUUCAUCGUACAGAUUCCCAACCACUAGCAGUGAGCAACGCAGGCGGGUAUCGCCGCCUAGCUGGGGCACCGAUAAAGACCGGGACCGCGCCACGUCCCCUUCUCCUGAUACAGACCGUGACCGCCGAAUGUCGGCCUCCGUCGCACGGUUAGAAACUCCGCGUCUCGACCAGGGCCAGCCGCAAUCUCAAUCACAAACGCCAUAUUCGCCAUUUGCUGCUUCAUCUAGUCGCGGUGGACCUGUUGUGCCUGCGUCUAACGCAAAAGGCACACCGCCGCUACGAUCUCAGGUCGUACCUGGGCCUGAGCGUUCAAACACGCUUCGCCAAACACAAGCAGAUGUGGCACGACCACCGGGUAGGAUGUAUUACCCGGGCUCGGGGGCGUUCAAUGGUGGCUGUGGGAGCGGGAGCGGCGAGACAGCGAGAGGCGAGAGCCAUAAAAACCCGGAGGAGCGCUAA